UGUGAAUGGCAUCCCUGGUCGUUGCUUAUCGAUAACAGUGUAAAUUUAUAAACAAUUCGCAGCUUAUUUCGUGAGUUACAAGUUUAUACCCAAAUUCUAAGAUGUUUUCAAAUAUGUUGUCAAAUAAAAGAACUUAUUUAUUAUGCGUGUCUGGUUAAGUGCCAUUUUGUAUACAAGCUCAAGGCUGCCAACUAGAAAUGAUCGUGGAAUCAAAGCUCGUUUGAGACGAUCUCAAUCAAUUUAAAAAUGGGACAUCUGAAACUCCAACAGACAGCUGACAAUGUUUUUGUUUCUUGCAGCUGAUUUUGGAUGCAUUUCAGUUUCAUUUAUAUUUUGGGGCAUCAACGUUCCACGCAAUUUGUUUAUUUGCAUAUUGCCGUUUACAUGUGUGCGUGAGCGCUUUAAAACAAAAUCGUAUCGCAUAUACAUAUGUACAUAGAUAUUCCGCUAGUCUAAUCACAAUUCAGUGCCAUUAUGCAACGUCACCGCGCAUUGCAGGCCUCCAGCAUUUAACUCCAACAAUUGCAUUUCGAAUUUAACCAGUGAUAUAGUUUAUUGUUACAUUAGAGAUCAGACAUCAGACCAACAGAGACGACAGGCAAAAUGCUACGCAGCUGCCAGUUAACCCUCUCCGCCGCAAAGAGAAACCUUCGCGAGCAGUUCCAGUUGCAAGUCCUGCGUCACCAGCAAACUGCCAGUAAAAUGGAGAAAUUUGAUCUGCCCAAGCGACUGCAGGGCAGCACGCCGAGCGUCUGGAACGAGUACAUUGCCCUGGCCAUGCAAUAUAAGCCGCUGAACUUGGGACAGGGCUUUCCCGAUGAUGCAGCUCCCGACUACGUAACGCACUCGCUGGCCGACAUUGCCAAGGACGAGAAUCCUCUUCUGCAUCAGUACACUCGCGGUUACGGUCACGUGCGCCUGGUCAAUGCGCUGUCCAAGCUGUAUAGCGGUCUCGUCGGCAAGGAGCUUAAUCCCCUAAGCGACAUCCUGAUUACAUCAGGAGCCUACGAGGCACUCUACUCCACCAUCAUGGGCCAUGUGGACGUGGGCGACGAGGUGAUCAUUAUUGAACCGUUCUUCGACUGCUACGAGCCUAUGGUCAAGAUGGCCGGUGGAGUACCCCGCUUUGUUCCCCUAAAAUUGCGCAAGACAGAGGGACCAAUCAGCUCGGCCGACUGGGUGCUGGACGAUGCCGAAUUCGAGAGUUUGUUCAACUCUAAAACAAAGAUGAUUAUUCUUAACACACCCCACAAUCCUAUCGGAAAGGUCUUCAACCGGAAAGAGCUAGAGAGGAUUGCCGAGCUCUGCCGGAAGUGGAAUGUGCUGUGCGUUUCGGACGAGGUGUAUGAGUGGUUGGUGUUCGACGGAGCCGAGCACAUCCGUAUCUGUACCCUGCCUGGCAUGUGGGACCGCACCAUCACUCUGGGAUCGGCGGGAAAGACCUUCUCAGUGACCGGAUGGAAGAUAGGCUGGGCUUACGGACCCGCUGAACUGAUUCGUAACCUGCAGAUGGUGCACCAGAACUCUGUGUACACCUGCCCGACGCCGCUCCAGGAGGGCGUGGCACGCAGUUUCGAGGUAGAACUGGCCCGUUUGGGUCAGCCAGAGAGCUACUUCCUUAGCCUGCCGCGCGAACUCAAGCAGAAGCGCGACUUCAUGGCCAAGUUCCUGUCCGAAGCCGGUAUGCGUCCCACCAUUCCCGAGGGUGGCUACUUUAUGCUGGCAGACUGGUCACCACUGGCGGACAAGAUAGAUCUGAGCUCUGAGCCGGACAAGCACCGAGAUUACAAGUUUACCAAGUGGAUGACCAAAAACAUGGGCUUGCAGGGCAUUCCGCCAAGUGCCUUUUACAGCGAACCCAACAAACAUUUGGGGGAGGACUUUGUGCGCUACUGCUUCAUCAAGAAGCAAGAGAACCUGGACAAGGCGGCCGAACUGCUGUCCAAAUGGAAAUAGUCGCUGGACAAUAAACGAAUUGCUAUC